CAGCUGCUCACUCUCGUUUGGUGCCCACGGACGCCGCAUUAACGCACCUGUUUGCAAACGCCAGCCACCGGCGUUCAUCCCUACUUUGGCGUCUUCACUUUUCCCUCUUUUUAAAAAUCACCGUGGAGAAGGAAUAUCGCGCUCAGGGAGGACUAUAUUUGUUUUUUGUUUCUGGUGGAGGGACCCCCUGCACGGGAGAAGACUCGAGGUCCUUAUCUUCCACUCUCUGAGGACUUCAAAGGCUUGACAGAACAUGUGACCGGUAGAUGGACUCCCUAAAAAGAUUGGAAACAGUCAACACUAACCCCCUCUAGAUGCGUCUCUUUUGGAAUAUGACUGACUCAUGGGGCUCAGCUAGCUUCACCCCUUGGCUCCGCUCCCUCUCCCUUGUAAACUAGUAAAAGAAAAAAAAGUUUUACUUUUUGGAAUACUUGACCUAAACGAGAUUUCCUCUGAUCAUGGAGCCUCAAUCGAACGCUCAGCUGCAGUCCAACCCCGUCGCCUCCCUCCUGCUGGCCGUCUCCUACGCUUGCCUCCUGCCCGUCGCCUGGCCGCAGCGACUCCCCGUCGACCCGCAGGCCGCGCCGGAGUACGCCCACUCCAUCCGGCUGGACGGCGACAUCAUCCUGGGCGGCUUGUUCCCGGUACACUCGCGGGGUGACCGCGGCAUGCCCUGCGGGGACCUCAAGAAGGAGAAGGGCAUCCACCGACUGGAGGCCAUGAUGUUCGCCAUCGACCUGAUCAACAAGGACCCCGAGCUGCUGCCCAACAUCACGCUGGGGGCGCGGAUCUUGGAUACGUGCUCCAGGGACACGUACGCUUUGGAGCAGUCGCUGACCUUCGUGCAGGCCCUGAUCGAGAGGGACGGCUCCGACGUGCGCUGCGCCAACGGCGACCCGCCCAUCUUCACCAAGCCAGAUAAAAUCGUGGGUGUGAUCGGAGCGGCGGCCAGCUCCGUGUCCAUCAUGGUGGCCAACAUCCUGCGUCUGUUUAAGAUCCCUCAGAUCAGCUACGCGUCCACGGCCCCCGAGCUUAGCGACAACACCCGCUACGACUUCUUCUCCCGCGUGGUGCCGCCGGACUCCUACCAGGCUCAGGCCAUGAUGGACAUCGUCACGGCCAUGGGGUGGAACUACGUGUCCACGCUGGCCUCCGAGGGCAACUACGGCGAGAGCGGCGUGGAGGCGUUCGUCCAGAUCUCACGAGAAACCGGUGGAGUUUGCAUCGCACAGUCCUUGAAGAUCCCAAGGGAGCCGAAGCCAGGGGAGUUUGACAAGAUCAUUAGACGCCUGUUGGAGACCUCCAACGCCAGGGCCAUCAUUAUGUUCGCUAACGAAGACGACAUACGGCGCGUUUUGGAUGCAGCAAAGAGGAACAACCAGACGGGCCACUUCCUGUGGGUGGGCUCCGACAGCUGGGGCGCCAAGAUCUCCCCCGUGAUUGGCCAGGAGAGGGUGGCAGGGGGAGCCAUCACCAUUCUUCCCAAGCGAGCAUCUGUGGACGCCUUUGACCGCUAUUUCCGGAGCCGCUCCCUUUCCAACAACAGACGGAACGUUUGGUUUGCCGAGUUUUGGGAGGAGAACUUCAACUGUAAGCUGGGCAUGCACGGUAAACGACCCGGCAUCCUUAAGAAAUGCACAGGUUUGGAGAAGGUGGGCCGCGACUCCAGCUACGAGCAGGAGGGCAAGGUGCAGUUCGUGAUGGACGCCGUGUACGCCAUGGCCCACGCGCUGCACCACACGCACCGCAAGCUGUGCCACGGCUACCCGGGCCUGUGCCCGCGCAUGGCGAACGGCAUCGACGGCAAGGAGCUGCUCGGCCACAUCCGCGCAGUCAACUUCAACGGAAGCGCCGGCACUCCGGUGGUUUUCAACGAGAACGGAGACGCGCCGGGAAGGUACGAUAUUUUCCAGUACCAGAUCACCAACAGAUCCACCGCCGAGUACAGAGUCAUCGGCUCCUGGACCAAUAAACUGCACCUCAAGGUCAAGGCCAUGCGCUGGAAGACCGGUGACCCAUCGCUGCCGGCCUCGGUGUGCAGCCUCCCGUGCCGCGCCGGGGAGAGGAAGAAGGUGGUGAAGGGGGUACCCUGCUGCUGGCACUGCGAGCGUUGCGAGGGCUACCACUACCAGGCUUCAGAGUUGACGUGCGAGCUGUGUCCGUACGAGAUGCGACCGGACGCCAACCGCACCGGCUGCGUGCCCAUCCCCAUCAUCAAGCUGGAGUGGCACUCUCCGUGGGCAGCGGUCCCCGUCUUCCUCUCCAUGCUGGGCAUCGUCGCCACGUCGUUCGUCAUCGUCACCUUCGUGCGCUACAACGACACGCCCAUCGUGCGAGCGUCGGGCCGCGAGAUGAGCUACGUGCUCUUAACGGGGAUCUUCCUGUGCUACGCCAUCACCUUCCCGAUGAUCGCCGCGCCGGACGUGGGCGUGUGCUCCUUCCGCAGGAUCUUCCUGGGCUUGGGCAUGUGCUUCAGCUACGCGGCGCUCCUCACCAAGACCAACAGGAUACACCGCAUCUUCGAGCAGGGGAAGAAGUCCGUAACCGCGCCCAGGUUCAUCUCUCCGGCCUCCCAGCUGGUCAUUACUUUCAGCCUCAUCUCGGUGCAGCUGCUGGGCGUGUUCGUGUGGUUCGCCGCGGACCCGCCGCACACGGUGGUGGACUACGGCGAGCAGCGCACCCAGGACCCCAGGGCGGCGCGCGGGGUCCUCAAGUGCGACAUCUCGGACCUGUCGCUCAUCUGCUCCCUGGGCUACUCCAUCCUGCUGAUGGUCACGUGCACGGUGUACGCCAUCAAGACGCGCGGCGUUCCCGAGACCUUCAACGAGGCCAAGCCCAUCGGCUUCACCAUGUACACCACCUGUAUCAUCUGGCUGGCCUUCAUACCCAUCUUCUUUGGAACUUCGCAAUCUGCAGAGAGGAUGUACAUCCAGACCACCACCCUGACAGUGUCGCUCAGCCUGUCUGCCUCCGUGUCUUUGGGAAUGCUGUAUGUGUCGAAAGUGUACAUCAUCCUUCUCCACCCUGAGCAGAAUGUGCCCAAACGGAAACGCAGCUUCAAGGCCAUUGUGACUGCCGCCGCCAUGUCCGGCAAGUUGUCGCAGAAGGGGAGUGACCGGCCCAAUGGCGAAGUCAAGACGGAGUUGUGCGAAAGCCUGGAGACGGAUGCUUCAUCCACUAAGACAACAUACGUCAGCUACAGCAAUCACGCCAUCUGAAAGCAAGAAAGGCAGUCACAAGCCAAAAACACCUACAGGCUGACAGAUGAGAUUCAAGCAUGAGACAUUUUGGAUCAUUUCGCUGAGAGGUGGAACCACAAACUGCUACAACGUGCUUGCUUUCAUACUGCUCAUUGAUUGAACUGACAAACAAUGGAGGGAAGGGGAAAAAAUAAAAUUAAAUAAAGAAAGGCACCAGAAAUGGACAAAAAUCUACAAGACUCUAAACAUGUUUGUUGUUCUCUAAUUGUAAGUAUUUUUGUGGUUGUGAAUUCUUCCCCCCCCCCCCAAUUCUUGUCUCACCAUUGUUGAUGAAUCAUCCCUGCAUACUGAGAUGAGUGUGUUUCCUCCCACCGUCUUGGCUAACUGGGUUGUGAACCUGUAACACACCAUGGGUGACGCAUGCAGCUUUUUCUACCAAAAUGAGAU